UGCGAGCCGGAAGGAGCGGCGACUGAGAGGAGCGCGGAGUCUUCCGCUUGUGAACCCUUGGUUUGGUCGGCGAGCUGCUGCUGCGAGCGAGCGUGUGAGCACCAGCCAAAGCCGUGGAUUCAGCACCGUGUGUUCGACUUCGGUGCCAGGAAUCAUGGGGCUCCUGUCGGAUCCGAACCGAAGACUCGCGCUGAUCGGGCUGCUCACGCGCCUCAACGCUCCGCUGUGUGUGCUGUGCUACAUGGCUGCCGUGGCCUGGUUCAUGGCUCUGGCCUUCGAGCCCUUCACCCUGCGGACCUACAUGUCGGAGAACGCCAUGGGUUCCACCAUGGUGGAGGAGCGGUUCCCCUCCGGGGAGCGCGCGCUGGCGGCUGGCCGGGAGUUCGGGGCGCACAAGCGCAGGGCCGGCGGGAUGCCGGUGGAGUGGCUGCUGAAGGCCCUGCAGUCUCGCGGCCUGGAGCCUUACAGCCAGAGCUUCUCGCGCACUCUGCCCUUCCCGGACGAGAGCAAAGAAAGAUACAUGGUGAAGGGGACCAACGUCUACGGGAUCCUGCGAGCCCCCAGAGCUCCUCGGACCGAGGCCCUGGUGCUGAGCGCCCCGUGCAGCCCGGGCGAGAGCAACAACCAGGCGGUGGGGCUGCUGCUGGCCUUGGCCCAGUACUUCAGAGGUCAGGUGUUCUGGGCCAAAGAUCUCAUCUUCCUUGUGCACGAGCACGACCUGCUGGGCAUGCAGGCCUGGCUGGAGGGCUACCACCACACCAACAGCACAGGCAUGAGGUGGUCCCCGCUGCAGGGCCGCGGCGGCUCCAUCCAGGCGGCCGUGUGUCUGGAGCUCAGCAGUGACGUGGUGACCAGCCUGGACGUGGUCCUGGAGGGUCUCAACGGUCAGCUCCCCAACCUGGACUUGACCAACCUCUUCCACGCUUUCUGCCAGAAGAUCGGCGUGGGCUGCACCAUCCAGGGGAAGCUGCAGAGGAGCGACUGGGACGGGGUGUCGGGCUACAGCCACGCCGCGCAGACCAUGAUGCUGAUGGUGCUGAAGCAGGCCAGCGGCCGGCCCUGGGGCCACCACGGCCUCUUCCUGCGCUACCACAUCGAAGCCGCCACCGUCAAGGGAAUCAACAGCUUCCGCCCGUACAAGACGGACGCCGCCACGGUGGGCAGGCUGCUGGAGGGAAUGUUCCGCAAGCUGAACAAUCUCCUGGAGCGACUGCAUCAGUCCUACUUCUUCUACCUGAUGCCCUCGCUCUCCCACUUCGUCUCCAUCGGCUACUACAUGCCGGCCUUCGGCUUGCUGGCGGCCAUCUUGCUGCUGCGUGCAUUGGACUUGUGGGUGCAACUGUCCGCUCCGAGUCAGAGGAAGGAGGAGGACGUGGGUGACGUGGAGCAGGUUUGAUCAUGUGACCGACUUCCUGGCCGCCUCGCUCAGCGAGCUGAUGGAAACUGUGUCCGCCCGUCGCAGUCCGGCCCGGGGGUUCUGUCCGUGCUGACCCCGCUGGUCAUCAGCCACCUGACCGGAGUGGCCCUGUACGUGCUGCCCGUCCACUUCCAGGAGAUGGCAGUGGAGCACUUCCCGGUGUCGGAGACGGAGGCGGUGGUGCUGACGGCCAUCGCGGUCUACACCGCAGGACUGGCUCUGCCUCACAACACGCACAGAUUCCUGGCCGGUGAGGGCACGGAGCAGGGCUGGAGGGUCCUGAAGCUGGUGGCUCUUCUGUACCUGGCUGUCCUUCUGGGCUGCACCGCGGUCAUCAACUUCUCUCUGGGCUUCAUCCUGGCCGUCAACCUGGUGCCGGCGGCCGCCUUCGUCACGCCGCACGUCCCCAAGGUGCUGGCUGCUUUCGUCCUGGUGGUGCUCAGCCCCGCCUUCACGCUGCUCUUCUCCGUCUUUGUCUUCCAAGAGCUGAGCGAAGUGCCGGUCAGCUUCCAGGAGGGCUGGAUGCUCUACCUGUCGGUCAUCUCUCAGGGCAUCCUGGACCACGCGCUGUACGGCUCGCUGCUCUACCCCCUGAUCUCGCUGCUGGUCUACCCCUGCUGGCUGCUCUUCUGGAACGUUCUCUUCUGGAAGUAGAGCCUGCAUUUGCCUUCCUCAGUUUGACGGUGCCGCUGAUACCUCCAGGUUAUCAAGACUGUCCAGUUGGAUUUUUUGUAUAUUUAUUUCUGACACCGUUGAUAAAAACAGU